AUGUCAGAAAUCAACUUACAGCCAUUAAACACUAAGUUGUGUGUAUCUGAUGAUGAUUGUCCAUCAAGUGAAUAUGAAAUGUCUACUAAUUUCUUAAAUAAGCCUGAUGUUUCUGUAACUUAUCAAAUAACUGGUAAUGGUCUAAAAAGAAAUGUUCAAUGUUUAAGUCUACCUCAAGAAAGUGUAACUAUGACAUCAAAUAACACUGUAAAUCAGUUUAUAUGCAAUACACCAGACAUCAAAUCAACAAUUAAUGAUGCUAGUAAAAAUUGGAAAAAUGUUAAGCAUACUAUGAAAUUUGUUUUAUCAAAUAAAUUAAAGAAUAAAUAUGAAACUGAAGAAUCACGUAGAGAUUCAUUUAUGUAUCGUUUUUCAACUCAAAGACGUGGAUCUUAUACACAAGAACAUGAAAAUGAUAUACAUCAAAAAAUCAAUUAUCAUGUUAUCCUAAAGCUUGUUUUAAAGGCAAUAAUAAUAAUAAUAAUAAUGGUAAUAUUACUGUGA